CAUGGCCGGCGAGCUGAGCAUCGGACCCGAGCUGCCCACCAGCCCCCUGGCCAUGGAGUACGUCAACGACUUCGACCUGAUGAAAUUCGACGUGAAGAAGGAGCCCCUGGGCAGAGCCGACCGGCCCGGCCGCCACUGCACCCGCCUGCAGCCGGCCGGCUCCGUCUCCUCCACCCCCAUCAGCACGCCCUGUAGCUCGGUGCCCUCCUCGCCCAGCUUCAGCCCCACGGAGCAGAAGACCCACCUGGAGGACCUGUACUGGAUGGCCAACAGCUACCAGCAGAUGAACCCGGAGACGCUCAGCCUCACCCCGGAGGACGCGGUGGAAGCCCUCAUCGGGUCCCACCAGAUGCCGCAGCAGCUCCAAAGCUUUGAGAGCUUCCGGGCCCACCACCACCACCACCACCACCAGCAGCAGCAGCAGCACCACCAGUACCCGGGGGUCACCCACGAGGACCUGGUCAACAGCGGCCACCCGCACCACCAUCACCACCACCACCACCACCACCACCAGGCGUCUCCCACCCCUUCCACCUCCUCCACCUCCUCCCAGCAGCUGCAGAGCGCCCACCAGCAGCCCCCUUCCUCCAACAGCGUGGAAGACAGGUUCUCGGACGAACAGCUGGUCUCCAUGUCGGUGAGGGAGCUCAACAGGCACCUGAGGGGCUUCACCAAGGACGAGGUGAUCCGCCUCAAGCAGAAGAGGAGGACGUUGAAGAACAGGGGCUAUGCCCAGUCCUGCAGGUAUAAGCGAGUCCAGCAGAAGCACCACCUGGAGAACGAGAAGACCCAGCUGAUCCAGCAGGUGGAACAGCUCAAGCAAGAGGUGACCCGGCUGGCCAGAGAAAGAGACGCCUACAAGCUCAAGUGUGAGAAACUUGCCAGCAAUGGCUUCAGGGAGGCCGGAUCCACCAGUGACAACCCAUCUUCUCCCGAGUUCUUCAUGUGAGUCCUUUAAACACAGAACCCCCCCGCCCUCCUCCCCCCGCCCCUCCGCCUCCCCGCUUCUCCCAUCCUCCUCUGACAUCUCCAUCCAUCUGCUUGCUUGAGUUGAGAGAAAGAAGGGAGAGAGGAAGAAGAGAGACUUAAUACUUGCAGCAUCCUGUCUCCUAGAUUAGCUGUGAAAAGCAGGCUAGGGGGGAGGUGGGAGAGAAAGAUGUGCAACUUUUUAUCUUUAGUUCGCCAGCUAAAGAAAGAAACAGAAGAAAGGAAGGACACGUCAAGCGUUUUUAUAGAUCGCUUGCUUUCAGAACUGUGUGGGCUCGUUGUGGUUUGUUUGUUUUUUUUAAAAAGGGACAAUGAGCAAGCGAUCGAUCACAUAUUACCUGUUUGGGAGUAAAGGAAAGAAGACUCACGCAGCAGCAUCUCCUGCACAUGCUACCUGCUUGGGAAGGAGAAUAAGGGAAGGACAAUAUAUGCAAACCCUUCAUACAUUGCCUGCUUUGAGAAGUAGUUACGGGACUCAGAUGGGACAUUCAGUACGAGACAAGAAAAAAACAUCAGUUUUAUUGCCUGCUUGAUUAUAUAGAAAAAAAUACGAAAAUCUGCAUUAAAAAUAUUAAUCCUGCAUGCUGGACAUGUAUGGUAAUAAUUUCUAUUUUGUACCAUUUUCUUGUUUAACUUUAGCAUGUUGAUCAUCGUUCAUAGCUUUGUUUCAUUGAUAAGAAAAGCAUCACACGUUAUCAACUUUUUACUGCUUGUGCAGUUUUUGUUGGGGUUUUUUGUUUGUUUGGGGUUUUUUGUUUUGUGUUUUGUUAUAGUUGUUAGCUUGUAAAUAUCUGCCACAUCACACGGCACAGGAAGACAAAAUAACAUUUCAUCAGGCUGGUUAUAUGGUUUGUUAUUAAAGUAAAGAGAUAAUAAAAAACGUUAUGGGCAUUUUGCAUUUGCAUUCAGAAAACAACUUUGUAUAUUUGGUGCACUUUUAAGUUGUAAUUUUUUCUUUAGUUUUCAUUUUGGUUUUUGUUUGUUGGGGCAGAAUAAAAGCAACUCGAUUGCACUGACACACCUGGCCGUCAUAAUAGUGAAAAGGGCCAGCAGACAAGCAGCUACAUCCUACUCCACAAUUUAAGUGGCAGUGACCCUAUUAUUUUGACGUCAGGACAGUUCUCAGACAGCAGUGCUCAUAGCUUUGGCCAUAUUUUUCUCUGAUUUAUUAUACACUCAGGAAACAAAGAAUUUACAAUGUGUUUUAUUUUAAGAAACAAUUGAUGCUUGAUUUCCAAAACACAGGAUGACAUGAGUCAGUUGCAAUCGCUGUAGGCAGAACAGUAUACAACGACAUGUUCCAGUUCUGAUUUCAGUUAGGUUUAUCAAUGGCAACAGAAGAUGAAAGGGCUUGGAAUGUAUAGAAAACUGAAACGUUUUUUAAAGAGACAUACUGCAACUUAAGUGUAUUAUUUUGCAAUGAUUUUUAAUCUGCUUCUCUGUUUCCCCAUGCAGCAAAAGUUUUAGCCAAAUUUCUUUGCAGUUGUGUAGUAGUAGUUUGGAGUGUUAUGGGUGUUACUUUUUUUCCUCCUGCAGGUCAGAAAAAGGAUUUUACGUUGCACUGACAAAAAUACCAAAAUGAAAACUUAUUUUAGUUUCCUUUUAGGAUUGCUGGCACUGCUGGCCAGAUGCAUUUUAAGUUUGUAUUAGUUUAUAAAUUAACAGUAAUAACAAGAUUGUAAUGAACAGCAUGGUGCUUGCAGUUUUAAAUAUUGUGGAUAUUAGUCAUGCAUCAGAAAACGAUCUUUGGUUUUUACUGAUUCAACUGUGUUGAAAUCAAAACAUUGCAGCAGCGAAAAAAAUUGUUUUUAUUUCAUGUAAAGUUCUGAAGGGAUCAAUUUCAAAUCCUGCUUAUGAUAUGAAAAAUAUUAAAAAAAACCUGGUCUAUUGUAGUUUUAUUCAGACUGGUUUCUGUUUUUGGUUAUUAAAAUUGUUUCCUAUUUUGCUUAUUAAAAUAAUUGAAAUGGCA